AUGGUCGACUUCGACUGCGAAGACAUCGACGAUGUGGCGAAGCUGAGCACAAACGAGUGGUACUUCUUCAGCUUCCGCGACCGCAAGUACGCGACGGGGCUGCGCACGAACCGCGCCACCAGGUCUGGCUACUGGAAGGCCACCGGCAAGGACCGCAUCAUCCGCAGCCCGAGGUUGUCGUCAUCCCGCUCUGGCCGCGCCGCCAUUGUCGGCAUGCGCAAGACCGUCGUGUUCUACCGUGGCCGUGCCCCCAACGGCACGAAGACCUGCUGGGUCAUGCACGAGUUCCGCCUCGAGAACCCUCACUCCCCACCGAAGGAGGACUGGGUGCUGUGCAGAGUUUUCCACAAAAAGAAAGCCGAUAUGGAGUACGCCAUGGACGGCGAGGAGGAGCUCGUCGGCGGCGUCAUGGCUCGCAGGGCUGCUGCCCUUAGCGGAACCAACUACGUAAGCUCCUCGUCGUGCCACGAUCCGGAUCAGUAUCACCACUCGCCUACAGCGCCGUUCCCUUCCCUUGGCGUCGGAGGCCACCAUUACCAGCUCAUGCCCUGGGAUCAUCACCACACCCACGGCGCAGCAGGCGUCUCGCUCAGCAAUGUGGACGUUUUCGCCGGCAUGCCACAGCUGCUGAGCUACGAAAAUAUCAUCGACGCCAGCCAGCAACUCCAGGGCGGCCGCAGUGCAGCGGUGGAUUUGAGAGACGGCGUCGAGGAUCAGUGUGGCGGCACGCUGAUGGAGCUAGGGCUGCAGGUGCAGGAGGAGCACUACAACUACAACAGCUUGAUGUAG